UUAUGAAUUAAUCUCUUGAACCCUCUUCAUACAUUCUACAUCUCUUUCUCUCUCUCUCAUGGCAUUAACGUUGAGUUCUUGUAUGAUAACAUGUAGCAAGCAAAAGGCAAGUCCUUCUCCAUCUUCCCUCCCCACAACUUGGUUUUCUCAGUGACUUCAUCAUUUAAGCCUUUAAUGAAGGAGGAAUGGAAACAGCUUUCAUUAAAGCUAUCACUUGCCAAACCCUUGCAAAUGAUUAUCAAGACCAUCUUGGAUGCCUUUGUUGAUUCCACUUACAAGUUCGUAGAUCAACCAACUUUUCAUGAGGGAAAUUUCGCUCCAGUGGAUGAAAUCAAGGAAUUGACGAUGGUUGAAAUCUCUGAAGGAGAAGUCCCUCAAGAUUUUCCUGAAGGUGUUUAUAUCCGAAAUGGUGAGUUAUGUGAAGUCUAAUUAUAUUGAUAGAAUGGCAACUCAGGCUUAUAUAUUCAGGUUCAAACUAUUUGUACCCAACUAUGACGGAGGCAAUUUCCAUUUUUGGAAAAACUGCCUACACUUCAUAUGAAGGUGAUGGGAUGCUACAUGCCACUUAUUUUAACAAAGAUAUCGAAGGAAAAUGGAUAAUAUCAUACAAGAAUAAGUAUGUCGAGUCCAAAACAUUCCUGAUUGAUAAAGCGAAUAACAAGUAUGGCUGCAUACCUUCAGCUGAUGGACAACCCUUUGCCAUCCUCGUAGCUCUUAUUCUCAACUUGAUGAGAUUUGGCAAAGCAGCAAGAGAUAUUUGCAACACUAAUGUGUUUGAACAUGGAGGAAAAAUCUAUGCAAUCACGGAGAACCACUCACCUUAUGAGAUUGAUCCUUCUACUCUUAAUACUUUGAACGAGUGGAGUGUCAAUGGAGCUUGGGACCGUCCAUUCACUAGUCACCCAAAGAAAGUUCCAAGCACAGGAGAGUUGGUUAUGAUGGGGAUGUCAUAUCAUUAAACCUUACUUUCUUUUGGGUGUUAUUUCAGCUGAUGGCAAACAAAUGCUUCACAAAGUAGAUUUAAAAUUCAAAUCAAGCGCAUGCAUAAUCCAUGAUGUUGGUGUGACAGAAAACUAUAAUAUCAUUUUAGACUAUCCUCAAAAGUUUGGAAUUGAAAGGCCAAUCCUCGGGAAACGAUUUAUUGAAUUUGAUCGAGAUGCAAAAUCAAGAAUAGGAGUGAUGCCUCGGUUUGGUGAUGAAGAAUCCAUUCUUUGGUUUAAUGUCAAGAAUCAUUGUACUUACCACCUUAUCAAUUGCUUUGAAGACGACGACAAGGUAAUCGUCAGAGGUUGCAAAUUAUUAGAUACAAUAAUCACAACUCCAGACGAUAAGAUUGAACGAUCUGAAUGGUAUAGAAGAGCUUACAUUCAACAUGAUGAAAGUUCACAAGAUUAUGAUCCUUCAAAGGAUGGGGUUCUUUUCUCUCGCCCUUAUGAAUGGAGGCUUAACUUGAAAACUCAUAGAGUGGAAGAAGGGUAUCUUAUUGAAAAUGGAGUAGCAAUGGAUUUCCCAGUUAUUAACAAUCAAUUCACAGGGAUUAAGAAUAAGUAUUCCUAUACUCAAGUUGCUGAUUCAAUUGCAAGCUCUACAAUAGGGAUGUUCAAAUACAAGAUGUUUGCAAAGCUUUACUUUGAUGAACAUGACGAGGAAAUUAAUGGAAAUAUCAAAGUUGAAUAUCAUGUAAUGGAUGAUAAUCACUUUUGCUCUGGAAUUGAGUUUGUGAAGAAACAAGAUGCGAUUGAUGAAGAUGAUGGAUGGGUGGUAUGCUAUGUCCAUGAUGAAAACAAGAAUCAAUCCAAAGUAUAUAUUAUUGAUGCAAAGAAUUUCUCAAAAGAACCUGUUGCCAAAUUAAAAUUACCUCAAAGAGUACCUUAUGGCUAUCACGGCAUCUAUUUGUAUAAAUGAAAUCAAGGAUGUAGAUGAUACAAUUUUGUGUUAAAGUAAAAUAUUAUUUUAUGGAAAUAUUCUAAAUAAUGUAUUUGUCAUGUGUAGUUCAACUUUUUAUUUUCUUAUUUUCAUGGCAACCAAGCUUUUUGGAA